AUGGAAAGUGUGGAGGAAUCGCUACUGCAGCUGCAGCGCCUCAUUGCCGAUGCGCGACGGGCGGAUGCCAACGGCGGCGGCAGCAGCAGCAUGGGCACCGGUAAUGGCACCUCAUCUAAUGAGUGCGUCAGCAUUGAGGAAAUGCAGCGGCGCUUUGCCGGGCUCGAGGAAGAGUUAUUCCGCGAGCGGCGGCUGCAGCAGCAGGCGCGUGAGCUGCACCAGCGAGCGGAGUGGCGGCGGCGGCGGCGGCGUCCGUUGCAGCAGCAGCAGGAAGAAGAGGAAGUCGAGCAGUGGGGGGAUAGAAAUGUGUCCGUUGAAGAAGGCGCAAGUCCUUCGCCGCAGCCGCCGCAUUAUGAAUCAUCGUGCUUGACGGCAGAAGGCGAGGAUGUCUCGGGCUGCACUCUGAAUACAGCAGAAGAAGUGGGAGUGAGUUGCCAAAUCCCUCAGUAUCCGUUGAGCUCUCCGGGCAGCACCAUUGCCCCGCGGCAGCGCAGUUCAACAUGUGAGGGCCGACGCCACACGGCGCGAGGCGGCAACAGCGAUGGUGACGGAGCGGAGGGGGAAGGAGAGGCUGGGGGGGCGCCGUGCCGCACGCGUAUAGCAUCACGCGUUGCGGACCCCGGCGUGCAGCAUCUGCUUGUCGACAUCACGGACGGCACGGCACGGCGGGGGGACGACAGCUGCGACACUACCCCGUCGUACUCCUUCGCGCAGUCAUACGCGGGUGACGAGCGUCACCGCCUCCUCUUCAUUAUUGACCAGCUUUCCCACGUGCUGCGGGAGGAGAGGCGGCAGAAGGAGGCGCUGCUGCAGCACGUUGUGCCGGUUCUGGUUCGGCACAUUGAGGCACUCGAGCGGGAUGCGGCGCUGCGGCAGCGUGAAGUCACUGCGCUUAAGCGAGAGGUGGCGCUGCAGGUGGAGCUGACACGUAUGCUGCAGUUGUCGAGUGAUGAUGAUGAUGAUGAUGAUGCUAACGGUGGUGAUGGCGAUGACGCUAACAUCGAAGAGAGACGCGGAAUAGAGAGGGGGCGGCUGCGGCAGCUACUCCUAGAGUGCGAGAGACAGCUUCAGCGGCUUGCGGAGCACAACAAGAAGGGGGGGAUGAUAUAG